AUGUCUCGCAAUAUUACUUUCAAAUUGAGUAACGGUGUCACCAUUCCGGGGUUGGGUUUCGGUACCUUUUCCAACGAAGGAUCAAAGGGGGAAGCAUACAAAGCAGUUCUGCAUGCACUGCGGACCGGGUACAGGCAUCUGGACUGUGCCUGGUUCUAUUUGAACGAGGAUGAGAUUGGACAAGCGAUCCAGGAUUUCCUCAAGGAAAACACGAGCGUGAAGCGAUCCGAUUUGUUUAUCACCACCAAGGUCUGGAAUCAUUUGCAUGAAAAAGACGAGGUGGCAUGGUCUUUAGAGAACUCGUUGAAGAAUCUCCAAUUGGACUAUGUCGACCUUUUCCUGAUUCACUGGCCGAUCGCCUGUGAAAAGGAUGAUAAGAAUAUGCCAAAGAUCGGCCCCGACGGCAAGUAUGUGGUUAAGAAGGGCUUGACUGAGAAUCCGGAGCCGACAUGGCGGGCAAUGGAGGAAUUGUAUGAAUCUGGUAAGGCGAAAUCGAUCGGACUUUCAAACUUCACCAUUCCAGGUAUAAAGCAAAUCCUUUCAUUCGCCAAAAUUCCUCCCCAUGUGAACCAAAUCGAAAUCCACCCAUUCCUUCCGAAUACCGAGCUUGUCGACUUUUGUUUCUCGAAGAACAUUAUGCCCCAGGCAUACUCGCCGCUCGGGUCCCAGAAUCAGGUCCCGACGACUGGUGAAAAGGUCGGAACCAACCCAACAUUGAACAAGAUCGCGGAGGAGGGUGGUCACACCUUGGCCCAGGUUUUGAUAGCCUGGGGGCUGAGACGAGGGUAUGUGGUUCUACCUAAGAGCUCGAAUCCCCAGCGGAUCGAGAGUAACUUCAAGGAAAUCAAGCUAUCCGACGAAGAAUUUGAGGCGGUCAAUAAAGUGUCGGAGGGUAGACACUCGCGGUUCGUGAACAUGAAGGACACCUUUGGCUAUGAUGUUUGGCCAGAAGAGGCCUCACAGUAA